CUUCAUGUUUGGACUGAGCCCGAGGACCUGAGCGAGAACAGGAAGUGCUGGUUUUACAAGCAGAGCUAGCCAGCUAGUUUUAGGGAGGUGGGUUAGCUUUGCCUUUAACUCAGUCGUCACAAUGGGGCUGUUCGGCAAAUCAUCAGAAAAACCACCAAAAGACCUGGUCACUGAGUGGUCUCAAAAAAUCAGGAAGGAAAUGAGAGUGAUUGACAGACAAAUCCGAGAUAUUCAAAGGGAAGAAGAAAAAGUUAAAAGAUCCAUUAAAGAUGCCGCCAAAAGGGGCCAGAGGGAUGUGUGCGUGAUUCUCGCAAAGGAGAUGAUUCAGUCAAAACGAGCCGUCACCAAACUUUACGCUUCCAAAGCUCACAUGAACUCUGUGCUCCUCAGCAUGAAGAAUCAGCUCGCUUUACUUCGUGUAGCUGGGGCCCUGCAGAAGAGCACAGAGGUGAUGAAAGCGAUGCAAAACCUAGUCAAAAUCCCCGAGAUCCAGGGAGCCAUGAGGGAGCUUUCAAAGGAGAUGAUGAAGGCUGGCAUCAUUGAGGAAAUGCUUGAAGACACAUUUGAGAGCAUGGAAGAUGGAGAGGACAUGGAGGAAGCAGCAGAGGAGGAGGUUGACAAGAUCCUCUUUGACAUCACAGCAGGUGCCCUUGGCAAAGCGCCCAGCAAAGUCACCGACGCCUUGCCGGAAAUACAGCCCCCUGCAGCUGCUGCGGCUUCAGACGAUGAGUCAGAGGAGGACAUUGAAGAGAUGCAGUCAAGAUUGGCAGCUCUGAGGAGCUAAGGUGAACUGUACUGCUCUGUCAAAGUCAGUCUGCUCACUUUAAUAAGGACAAUUCUGGUGCUGGGUGUACAGUGCUAAGCAUCCUCUCCACUCCAUAUUAUAAUUAACAUAAUCAUUUGGGGUUAACUUUGUGCUACGACAGUUGGUGUCUUUAAAAAGCUUCUUUUUUAUAGGAAGUUUUGUCUACUCGGCGCGAAGAAAAUGUGUUUUGCUUUAUUUUGUCUUUUAUUAUCGGGGGUGACCCUUGGUAAGUCUUUAUUAUCCAAAGUCAAACAGAAGGUUUAAGAAAGUGUAUAUAAUGUAAGUAUGGAAAGCCUGCUGUGCCUACAGUGCUUCAUCAUGUUCUUAUGUCCUAAGUUACGGACUGGUUGGAUAUUUAUGAUCCUAAUAAGCGAUUCAAUAACUGCCCUGCACUUAAAACACUCCCUAGAUCACUAUUCAGCAGUUGUUCCAAAUCUGUUCAGAUACAUUUUGUAAGAAACAGCUGUUCUGUUUACUGCUAACACGCCUACAUCUGAAACACUAGAUGGUGGAUGGAUUUAUCAUUUUUGAUAGUUGAUUUCUGUAAAACCAAAAUGUAUCUGUUCUAUGUGAUACAUGUUAAGUGCAGUCAUCAGAAAAAUGCACGCAUACUACCCCUAACCCAUGGAUUUUGCAUUAACAUUCAGCUUGUUAAAUCUUAGACUUUGUGUUACGAUUGAGUUCCUUCCCAGCAGGAAGAUGAAAAGGUUGGUUAGUGCAGAACUUAUGUAUUGUGGAAGUACUGUGUGUAUAAUUUUUCUGUGUGAAUGGGGGAAAAAAAUAAGAAAAUAAACUUUUAAGAACAAA